AUGGGUUCCCGUACGUCAGGGCAAGUGUUGGCCCUGCUCUUUGUUCUGGUUUCGGUUUUGGGAAGCCACGAAGAGCACGAAUACUGCGACAAAGUCUAUCGAAUCAAUGGCAAUUCCAUUGAUUUUCCCUGCGAUUCUACGAAGAACAUUUACAUCUCGACCCAGCGGUACAUGGCUCGGAACGUGAUGCCGGUACGGUUUCAGUACGACAACAAUCGUGCCCUGAUAUGCUUGCCAAGAUUACGGCCCGGUGUGCCUACCACGCUCGGACAGAUCGAUCUGAACAAACCGAACUGCUAUGCGCACAUUAAGCCGUUCCCGUGCUGGGCCUACCAGGAAGAGGGUAACUGCAACUCAUUCCAAUCAGUGAUUGAUGUGUACACCGAUGUGAAGCGUAUUAUGUGGUGUCUUGAUUCUGGAAUUACAAACUUCCUGGAACAACCGAUCAAACGGUGUCCGCCGAAGGUGUUUGCCUUCACGCUCAGCAACGAUAAGACGGUCAAAACGAUCGAACUGUCGGAAAUUGUGAAAUCUAGCUCCCGCUUGCAGUAUCUUGUAACGGAUUACAACGAAUCGGGACAUCCAUUUGUUUACAUUUCCGACGGUGAUGGUGCAAUCAUGGUGCUCGACGUUAACAACAACAAAAAUUUCCGCGUCGUGCUUCCGCGAGCCAUCUCGGCCGGUUGCGGUGACUCUGAUGUACUCUAUCUGCUACUCAUCCCGAAGCCCAAGGGCCAGAGCAUUGUUAUCUUUAGCUACCUUUGCGGUCAAAAGGUUUACUCGAUAAAGUCUGAACAUCUGCGCAGCGGCAAGGGUUCGAGCGCCAUUGUUGAGAUGGGAUCGAAGAGGAAACACUCCGUCCUGCUGGGUACGGAUGGUGGUAACGGUGUUAUUCUCCGGUACCGCAGCGAGGCGGAGCUGUACCUUUGGAACACCGAUCAACCCUACAGGGAGUGUAAUUUCGAGCUGGUACAGAACGCGGACGAAUGCCGACUUUCGACGCACGUUAGCGUAGGCAAGAACGAACAUUUGUUGUCUCUUUCGUCGAACUUGAGCGAUUUCCUGAACAACACGUGUGGCGUUGGAGGAGCCUCGAGUCGGUUGAAGUACGUUUGUAAGGAGUGUGACGACGAUUGUUUCUAG